CGAAAGGCUGCGAGAGAACCACCCCAAGAACCGAGCUGUCGUCUUUGAUUACACCCGAGCACAGAUUACAGAUCGCAACCCGGCUCUCAACAGAUGGAUAUGGCAGCUACGAGAUGCCAUCGAUGAGGCAGAUGAUGUUCUUGAUGACUUUGAGUACAUGAAGCUUGAAGAAGAUCAACAGCAGCUGAACAUGGAGGAAACAAAGGUGCGUUCUUCAUUCUCUAAAUUAUUUUUGGAACCUGCUCGCAAGCUUCGUAGACUCUGCGAACAGGCUCUCAAAAUAGAUCCCAACUUGGAGAGGCUGGAGGCAGCUGUGAAGAAACUUGAUAAAGUUUCAGCUGAGGUCACUACUUUCCUUCAUCUCAUCGAAAACGCAAAGCAUGAGCAGCAGGAGCAGCAGCUUCAGUUGUACCAAGAUCGUGAAACAGGAUGCUUGCCUAAAAAUGAUCUCAUCGGUCGUGGCGAGGAGAAGGAUUUUGUUAUGCAGUGGUUGAGGAAGCCAACAAAUGAAGAUCCAACUGAUAUUGCUAGCCCUACUUUGUACAAAAACAUUUCUCUUCUAUCCAUAGUGGGUCAUGGUGGCAUGGGCAAGACAACUCUCUUACAACACAUUUAUGAAGAUCUGAAAGAAGAAUUUGAACUGAAAAUGUGGGUUUGUGUUUCCAAUGGCUUUGAUGCAAAAAAGGUCAUUGCCGAUAUGUUGGAAUGUCUUAACAAGGAGAGGCGUCGUUUGGAGUCACUCGCUAGUGUUCAAGAGAGUCUUAAAGCUGUCGUGCAAUCCAAAAGGUUCUUGCUUGUUCUGGAUGACAUUUGGGAGGAGGAAAAUAUGAGUAAAUGGGAGAAUGUAUUCUCCCCUCUAGUUCACGGAAGUUUCGGAAGUAAAAUUUUGCUGAAUACCCGGAUGGAUUCAGUUGCAUCGGCGAUUGCAAAUGUGAUUAGAAAGAAGAAAGAAAUUUUGAUAUUAAAGGGCUUGAAGGAAGAUGUAUGUUUAAAGCUACUCAACACCCAUGCAUUUGCUGGUGUAGAGAACCUUGCUGUUCAUGCAAAAUUAACAAACAUUGCUAGCUUGAUAGUUAAAAAACUUUUAGGAUCUCCGUUGGCAGCGAAGGUAAUCGGUGGUGUUCUCAAUUCUAACUUGAAUGAGAUCUUUUGGACGAACAUUUUAAAUAGUACUAAUGUUCUAAACGUAGAACCAGUACCGAGUUGCAAUAACAUCUUGGCUAUCUUAAGAUUGAGUUUUACAUUCCUCCCACAACCUCUACAAAAUUGUUUUGCAUUUUGUGGCAUAUUCCCACAAGAUCAUGAGUUUGAUAAAGCUGAUUUAGUCCGAAUGUGGAUUGCAUUGGGUUUCAUUCAGGAGUCUUCUAUUGAAGGAGAGACUUUGGAAGAUAUUGGAGGAAGGUAUUUCGAUGCUUUUGUCAGAAAAUCUUUCUUUGACGAGUUUCAGGAUUACCAGAGCAUAUACUAUAAGAUGCAUGAUUUAUUACAUGAUUUGGCACUGUCUGUUUCUUCAGAAGAAUGUUUUAGAUUCGUGGGAGAUAAUGUUUCAUCUUUUAAAAUUCCUAAAAAUGUUCGACACUUAUUUGUUGAAACUGAAAAUUCAGAACUUUUCAGAAUGAUCAAAGAUGUUAAAAAUCUACAUUCACUUUUUCUUACCUAUAGAACCGAUGAUCAAGGUUUUACUGAAAUACUUACUGAAUUUUUUAAGGCAUCAAGAAGCAUUCGUUUGUUGUUCAUAUGCUCUCCAAGGCAGAAAAAAAUGUCUGAAACUAUUGAAAACUUGAAACGUCUUCGAUAUUUGAAUCUUGUACUAGGUCUCACUCAGAUGCCAAGAUCUCUAAGCAGUCUUUAUCAUUUGCGGUUCAUAAUCUAUAAAGAUUGGUGUAGGCAACAUUGGUUUGAUGAUUUCUUGCCUGACGAUGUGAGCAAUCUUUCUAAUCUGCGUCAAUUGGAUUUUCGUGGCUAUGUGAGUGUACGUGGAAUUGGGAAAUUGAGGUCACUUCAAGAACUAAAUGAGUUUAAUAUUAAGAAUGAGAAUGGUUAUAGAAUUGGGGAGUUGGAACAUAUAAAAAUCACAGAUUUAUUCUUGAAUUGGAAGUCAGACAUGAGAGGUGGAAGCCUACGGAACUAUGUCAAUUCUGAGUUAGAUGUGAAUGUGCUUGAAAAUCUUAAACCAUACAAAAAUCUAAAGAGAUUGUCCAUAGCUUCAUACGAGGGUGCAAGAGCUGCAAAAUGGAUUUACAAUGCCGAUUUGAUUUCCAAUCUUGAGUACAUCCGUCUGGACGAGUGUUUGGGGUGGGAAACUCUUCCACCUUUUGGGCAGCUUCCCCACCUCAAGUCGCUGUACCUUCGUAACAUGCCAAAAGCAAAGCGGCUUGAUUAUAAAUUCCAUGGGAAUGACAAGGUUUCUGUGUUUCCAUCGUUGGAGGUGCUAAAUAUGGAGGGAUUACAAGUAUUGGAGGAUUGGUUUGAUGGAGCAGGAGCAGCAGCAUAUGACCGUUUCUUUCCUUGCUUAACUGAACUCUUCCUCACUGCCCAAACAAAUCUGCAGGAGUUGCCCUAUUUGCCUCCUAAGCUCAAGAAAAUGAAGAUACAAAACAUCGGAUGGAAGGCUGCUUCGAUCUGCAAGCAAGAAACCAACAACUGCAAGCAAGAAACAGUUGAGGUCCUUUCGUGUCCAAACAUCACAUCUCUUCUUCUGGCUAAAGUAGGACUAUUGAGAAUUGAAGGUUGCCCCAAUCUGAUUUCUCUGGGUGGACUGCAACAAAUGGAGAGUGGCAUUGAGAAAUUCCAGCUUAUUGUCAGUGAAGUUGUUAUAGAUGACCCAUCCUUGUUGCCAACGGAAACUAUCGCCUCCUUGGAAAUGCUCAUAAUUUGUAAUAAUUAUGUGCUGCGGUCUCUCCCUUCCUCCUUGGAACGUCUCUCUUCACUAAAGAUUCUACAUGUCGAAAAUGUUCCGCUGCUCCAGCAGCUUCUACACAUCGCCGCCCCCCUGAAGUCCGCCAUCUCAUCCCUCAAUCGUCUACAUUUAUAUAGAAUUCCACUCCUCAAAUCAUUGCCAGACCUCCCUUCCUCCUUGAAGUCACUGUUUCUACAUGACCUUGAUAACCUACAGUGCCUGCCAUUUUCUUUGUCGGCCAUCUCGUCCCUCAACCGUCUAUCUUUACAAAGCAUUCCACUCCUUAAAUCAUUGCCAGACCUCCCUUCCUCCUUGGAAUUUCUGACUAUAGAAAGUCUUGAUAACCUAGAGUGCCUGCCAACCUCUUUGUCGGCCAUCUCAUCCCUCAAGCAGCUAAUUUUACAUAGCAUUCCACUCCUCAAAUCAUUGCCAGACCUCCCUUCCUCCUUGGAAUUUCUGACUAUAGAAAGUUUUGAUAACCUAGAGUGCCUGCCAUCUUCUUUGUACGCCAUCUCAUCCCUUAAGGAACUACGGUUAGCAUUCAUUCCACUCCUCAAAUCAUUGCCAGACCUCCCUUCCUCCUUGAAAGAUCUGAAUAUAAAUAUUCUUAGUAACCUAGAGUGCCUGCCAUCUUCUUUGUCGGCCAUCUCAUCCCUCAACCAACUAGAUUUAUAUAGCAUUCCACUCCUCAAAUCAUUGCCAGACCUCCCUUCCUCCUUGUAUUCAAUAACAGUACAAAAUUGUCAUCCAGAGUUUAGGGAGCGUUAUACAAAAUUUUCAGGCUCUGAUUGGCACAAGAUCGCACGCAUUCCUCGUGUCCGUAUUGAUUAAUUGGCGUCGUUCCAAAUCAAUCUCUUCCCAUCAAAAUGUGAAUAUGUGAGGUGAGGACUUGUUUUUUACCUGUAUUCAUGUCAUCCUAUGCUAUCCACAAACUUAUCAUCCUAUGACUGAUUUUGAUGAACAAUUAUUUGGUCUUAGAAAUUUCGAAUUUUGUACUUCAAUACCACAAGUGUGAUUUAGCGUUUUAUUUAAUUACU